GUGUGUGGUAGUGAAAGCGCCGGACUGCUUCCCACCGGAUCCACGGAGGGCCGAGUUCUGGCUGCCCCGACACAUCAUGGGGGCUCAGCCGACCUCAAAUGGGGGGCCCAUCUGGGGGGUUACUUCGGCUACGCCACCACAGGGGGUAUCUUUACGAGUGCCCAGAGGGAGUGGAACUGACGAUACCCCUAUUUCCAGAGGAGUGUGUAGAACCCGUGGAGGUAUUGGUGUUAUUCAUAGUGGAAUUGGAUGCAGUGGUUGUGUAUGGGCUUGGGGAUGGGUAGUGUUGUUAAUGGUGUGGCUCAUCGUAGGCCUAUUAGCACCUACUUGCCAAGCAAACGCCGACGCCAAAAGACUUUACGAAGACCUUCUCAGCUCUUACAACCGUCUUAUAAGACCCGUCGGCAAUAACUCCGACAGACUUACAGUCAAGUUAGGUCUCAAGCUCUCGCAACUUAUUGAUGUGAAUCUCAAAAAUCAAAUUAUGACAACGAACGUCUGGGUCGAGCAAGAAUGGAAGGAUUAUAAAUUGGUGUGGAAUCCUGAUGACUAUGGAGGUGUUCAGACUCUACACGUCCCAUCUGAACAUAUAUGGCUUCCUGAUAUAGUAUUAUAUAACAAUGCGGACGGUAACUACGAAGUGACGAUAAUGACAAAAGCUAUUCUUCAUUACAACGGUCGAGUGACUUGGAAGCCGCCAGCUAUCUACAAGUCCUCGUGUGAGAUCGACGUCGAAUACUUCCCGUUCGACCAACAAACGUGUUUCAUGAAGUUUGGUUCUUGGACUUACGAUGGUUAUAUGGUAAACCUUCAACAUCUCCACCAGAAGCCUGGCAGUAACCUGGUCGACCCAGGCAUCGAUCUACUUCACUACUACAUAUCUGUCGAGUGGGACAUCCUGAAGGUACCUGCCCUCAGGAACGAACGCUUUUAUCCCUGCUGUGAGGAGCCUUACCAUGACAUCUACUUUAAUAUUACGAUGAGGAGAAAAACGCUCUUUUACACCGUCAACCUCAUCAUCCCGUGCGUAGGGAUCUCCUUCCUCUCGGUACUGGUGUUUUACUUACCUUCAGAUUCCGGCGAAAAAGUCUCUCUGUGUAUUUCCAUUCUCCUCUCACUGACCGUGUUCUUCUUGCUGCUGGCCGAGAUCAUCCCGCCCACCUCCUUGGCUGUCCCACUCCUCGGCAAGUACCUCCUCUUCACGAUGAUUCUCGUCACUCUCUCCGUCAUGGUCACCAUCGGCGUCCUCAAUGUCAACUUCCGGUCUCCGUCGACGCACAAAAUGGCCCCCUGGGUCAGAAAGAUCUUCAUCGAGAUGCUUCCCAAGUUCUUGUGGGUGGAGAGGCCCCAGAAGGAACCGGACGACGACGCCCUUGAAGUAGUCACUGCUGGGGGGGACACCUCGUUGACACCGUCCAGUGACGGUUUCGACAAGUUCCCUCUGGAGGACAACUAUGAGAUCCCUGCGAUACCACCGUCGCCUUAUGACACAGCCAGAUACGGCGAAGAGCACUUGGCAUUACCUGCCCCCGAGUGUCAUGCCCAGGCACACGUCCAUGAGCCCGCCUUUGUGCCGGAACUGGAAGAGGGUUCACCACACACAGAACACCGCACCCACAGAAGCAUCCAGUAUAUAGCACAGCAUAUGAGAAACGUAGAUUCCUUCGAGGAGAUCGAGGAUGACUGGCGAUACGUAGCCAUGGUCCUGGACCGACUGUUCCUAUGGAUCUUCAUGGUCGCCUGUGUGGCUGGAACGUGUGGAAUCAUCUUCCAGGCGCCAUCUCAUUACGACACAACCAUCCCCAUAGACAUCCAGCUUUCGAAAGUGGCCCAAAGAAGAGGCAAGGAUCUUAUGGGGCCGGAAGAUUAGGACAACUGUCCUCUAGAGCUUUUUUUAAAAAAGAAGUUUCUUUUUACAUCACUGUGUUUCCUAGUGACUGGGAAUAUCCCGGACUGGGUUUAAUAAGCUUCCCAGCGUCUAGGCGUUUGUUAUCAAGACGUUUACGCACCCACAAGAAAAACACCAUGCAUGGACAAUGGUGUAGUGGAUAAAAGUGACUGUAUGUUAUCAAGUACAGCUGUUAUAUCUUGUAUAAAAUGGCAACCGCAUUUCAGCGAGUUACUUUUACGGUUUGAUUCAGAGGGUUAAACUACUGUGGAAUCUUUGAAGGUAUGCAUUUAUGACUUACCACAAUAGUGAGAUGAGUACUUUUCUUUUUCUCAAGAAAAGGCAAUAUCAAAAACUCGUGGAUGGUGGGAAUUAUUAUGUUCCAGACCGGAAGGUCUUAUAUUGUUUUCUUUUAUCCAUUUCUUAGAAAUGAAAGCUUCAGUGAACAUUAAGCAUAGUUGUAGUAAAACGUUGGACAUUUGAAAAUGUGUUAUGUGUGUGUUUUAAGGAAGAGAACCUUCUCAUCGGAGAUAUUCAAGCCAUGGUGACGUCCAAGGGAAGUUUAAAAAAACACCUUACUGCUUGGAUCCUAAGAUUAAGAGAAAAGUAACGAGGAAAGUAUAUCAUGACGAUUCCCGGUGUCAAGUGAUAUUUUGGUAAAAGGAAAGAGCAUGUUCUUCACACUUGGGAAAGUAAAAUUGAAAAUUGAAACGAAUACAAAUUAAUAAGAACCAUCAGCCAAUAUUUACCCAAUUACCGACCACUGCCAAAUUCAGCAUUAAAAGGAGGCCAUUUCAAAGGUAGAGUGACAAAGUCUAUUGAAAUGACAACGGACAGUUUAGUGAGCGACUGUGUAUAAAUACAUAAAAUGUGCUGAAGAACAUGGAAAUGGAGUGUAAUGAAAGACAUGCCAAAGAUGGGAAGCGGGAAAACAAAAGAUCGUGUCACUGAUAAAUCAAUCAUGAUCAGUCGCAAGGGAUUUUAUCAAAGACAAAUAUGAAAUAUGCAUAUAUAUAAUAUAUAUGUAUGUAUGUGUAUAUACACAAAUAUAUAAAAUAUAUACAUAUAUGUAUAAACAUUAUAUAUAUACAUAUAUAUAUACAUAUAUAUAUAUAUAUACAUAUAUAUAUAUAUAUAUAUAUAUAUAUAUAUAUAUAUAUAUAUAAUACGUCAACUGUGAAAGACGUGAAGAAAAGAAAAUGUCAUUAUGUAAUCAAAAAUGCUCAAAAAAUUUUUUGAAAAGCAGUAGGCUAUUAGAAGCUAGUUUCUUUAUUUUUGUAAACCUUGCAACAGUAGAUACCAUUCUAUUCCACAUUAACUUAGAGUAGCAAAACCAGGUCAUAACAUCAAGAAGCAUCACACUAAAACGUUAAAAAUCAACGAUUAAUGAUUGAAAUUAUAGCUAAUAAAUUACCAAUAAGGAUAAAGUAAUAAAUUUUGCUAAAUUAAUCACAAUGUAACGCACAGACAUUUUAUAACAUUACUAAGAUCUCAAACACAUGACUUACAAUAAAAUAACCAUUAGAACUUACACAAGACAAGUACUCUUCAAGGUUGCUGAUAAAUACCCAGUACCCUAAAUAUGAAGGGUAUAUACAGCAAAAAAAAAAAAACAAUUUGAACAAAACAUUUAAUACACAUACCAUCUGCAUAACAAUAACUGGUGUGUACAUACUUAUAUCUGCAAACACAUACACACAUAUAUACACAUAUACUUGCAUAUAU